AGCCCCCAGGUGGGCCCAGGUGGUGGGCGUAGGGUGUGGCUCUGGGGUCAGUGCUCCCGGGGAGGGGAGGCAAGGGGCUGGUGUGUGUCCCCUUUUGCUGGGACCUGGGGCGCUGUGAGCAGGCUUGGGCCAGCUGGGGCCACUGUGCAAAGGGGGUGGGGGUUGCUCCCUCUGGUCCUGGCUGGGCACCCAUGUGCUGGGAGGAGGGACUUCUCUGCGGUCCCUGGGAUGCUGGACCCCAUACAUGGGCUCCGUGGUGCCCAGGAGCAGGGCCCACCCACUGGGGGGGAGGGGCUCUUUGGGGCUCCUUCUGUGGGUGGAGCCUUUUGCUCAGGACCCUGGGGUGGGGGAAGGAGGGGCCUGGGUCCCCCCAGCGCGUGCAGGUGCAGGCGGGGCCUCUUCCUGUGGCUUCCUUGCCAUGUCUCCCACUCGCCCCAUCCCGUGGUCCCCCCAGCAGGCUGGCAACCCACAUGGCAGAUGCAGGGCCCACACUCCAGAGGUUAAAGUGCAGCUGUUCAAGUCCACAGAUCUGGGCCGGCACAGCCUCCUGUACCUGGAGGAGAUUGGCCACGGCUGGUUUGGGAAGGAGCGGUCCAGAGCCCAUUUUGCAGAUGACUACGUUGAGGCACAGAAACAGACGGCUUUGGCUGGAAGAGCAAGGCUGGGGGCAGAGCUUGGGGACGGUGGAGUCCGCCCACCUGGUGACGCCUGCCCCGCAGGUAUUCCUCGGGGAGGUGAACUCGGGCAUCAGUAGCACCCAGGUGGUGGUGAAGGAGCUGAAGGUGAGCGCCAGCGUGCAGGAGCAGAUGCAGUUCCUGGAGGAGGCGCAGCCCUACAGGGCCUUGCAGCACAGCAACCUGCUCCAGUGCCUGGCCCAGUGCGCCGAGGUGACGCCCUACCUGCUGGUGAUGGAGUUCUGCCCGAUGGGGGACCUCAAGGGCUACCUGCGGAGCUGUCGGGUGGCAGAGUCCAUGGCGCCCGACCCUCUGACCCUGCAGCGCAUGGCCUGUGAGGUGGCCUGUGGCGUCUUGCACCUGCAUCGCCACAACUACGUGCACAGUGACCUGGCUCUGAGGAACUGCCUGCUCACAGCCGACCUGACGGUGAAGAUCGGCGACUAUGGCUUGUCUCACGGCAAAUACAGGGAGGACUACUUUGUGACGGCUGACCAGCUGUGGGUGCCACUGCGCUGGAUCGCGCCUGAGCUGGUGGACGAGGUGCACUGCAACCUGCUGGUGGUGGACCAGACCAAGGCCAGCAACGUGUGGUCCCUGGGCGUGACCAUCUGGGAGCUCUUCGAGCUGGGAGCGCAGCCCUAUCCGCACCACUCCGACCGGCAGGUGCUGGCCUAUGCGGUCCGGGAGCAGCAGCUCAAGCUGCCCAAGCCCCAGCUGCAGCUGACCCUCUCUGACCGCUGGUAUGAGGUGAUGCAGUUCUGCUGGCUUCAGCCUGAGCAGCGGCCGACGGCCGAGGAGGUGCACCUGCUGCUGUCCUACCUGUGUGCCAAGGGUGCCACCGAGGCAGAGGAGGAGUUUGAGCGGCGCUGGCGCUCACUGCGGCCUGGCGGGGGCGGCGCGGGCCCCGGGCUGGGGGCGGCAGGCCUGGCACUGGGGGGCAUGGGCGAGCUUGCGGCCACCUCAUCCUUCCCACUGCUGGAGCAGUUUGCUGGCGACAGCUUCCACACGGAUGGUGACGACGUGCUGACGGUGACUGAGACGAGCCGUGGCCUCAACUUCGAGUACAAGUGGGAAGCCGGCCGCGGCUCCGAUGCCUUCCCGCCACCUGAGGGCGCACUGAGCCCGGGCAGAGACGCGCGUCUGCAGGAGCUCUGCGUCCCUGAUGGUGCUCCCCCAGGUGUGGUGCCGGUGCUCAGCGCUCACAGCCCCUCGGUGGGCAGCGAGUACUUCAUCCGCCUGGAAGACCCCGCGCCUGCCGCAGGCCACGACCCCGACUGUGCUGGCUGUGCCCCCAGCACCCUCGCUGCCACCCUGUGCCCCGACGGCAGUGACCAUGACGACGACUCUGACGGCAGCACGGCCGCCUCGCUGGUCAUGGAGCCACUGCUGGGCCACGUGCCGACCGCUGAUGGCCCCUGGGGCCACUGCGACUACCACCUAUGCAGGAGUCAUGCCCGUGACCUGCCUUGCACCUCACGCUCACCCUCGCCGGAGACCCCGAUGCUGGCGGAGCCCAGAGCAGAGGAUAUUGACUGGGGCGUGGGGGCAUUCUGCCCGCCCUUCUUUGAGGACCCGCUGGGCACAUCCCCCUCCGCAAGCUCCGGGGCCCAACCAUCCCCAGGUGGGGAAGAGCUGGGGGAGGCUGAGAUGCCCAGGGCUGCCCAGCACAGACACUGGAGCUCCAAUGUAUCUGCAAACAACAACAGCAGCAGCCGAGCACCAGAAUUCUGGGUCCCGGGCCUCUCAGGUUAUACGGACUGCUGCCCUGGUGUGAAGCAGGCCCUACAGACCGUCCCUGAGCUGGGCCAUCCUCUGAUCCCAGAGGACCCCAGAGAGCCUCUCCUUGGGCCAAAGGGGGCCUCCUCUGGUAAGGAGAUGGGCCGCUGCCUUGGCCUCCCCCAUCUGUAUCCUGCUGAGGGCCUGACACCUGCCCCGUGCCUGGUCACAUCCCCGUGGACAGAGGCAGCCAGAAGUGGUGGUGACAGCCCCCAGGCAGAGCCCAGGCUUGCAGAGGAGGCCGAGGGCUCUGCUGGACUCCAGCUGCCCCUUCCCUCCAUCCCAUCCCCAUCCCAAGAGGGAGCCCUGCUUCCUGCCGAGGAGGCCAGCACCCCGCCCACCCUGCCUGCUUCACCCACGCCCACUGGCAGCCCACAGCCUGCCACCGAGCCAGUCCAGGCCCUGGACAGCGACAGUGGCAGCAGCUCCCCUGAGCUGGAGGCACCAGGCAGUGAAGACGAAGACACGACUGAGGCCACUUCUGGUGUCUUCACUGACUUGUCCAGCGACGGCCCGCAGGCUGAGAAACUAGAUGUGACACCAGCCUUCCGCUCCCUACAGAAGCAGGUGGGGACCCCCGACUCCUUGGACUCCCUGGACAUCCCAUCCUCAGCCAGUGAUGGCGGCUCUGAGGUCUUCAGCCCAUUAGCUGUUGGCACCCCUGGCGGGCAGCCCCGAGCCCUGGACAGCGGCUAUGACACGGAGAACUAUGAGUCCCCUGAGUUUGUACUCAAGGAGGCCCACGAGCCCUGUGAGCCUGAGGCCUUUGAGGAGCUGGCCUCAGAGGGUGAGAGCCCCGGGCCAGAGACUAGUCUCUCCGCCUCCCUGGGUGGCCUCAGCGAGAAGAAUCCCUACCGCGACUCUGCUUACUUCUCAGACCUGGACACGGAGCCAGAGCCCCCCUUGGGCCCCAAGGAGAAGCAAGGAGGUGUCCCAGUCCCCGGGCCAGAGCCCGAUCUGGAGAGCCCUAAGAGCCCCAGGCUGCCGUCUGCACUGCCCUCCCCUGAGUUGGGGAUGCUUGGGGAGGCACAGGGCUCUGGCCCCAGGGAGGUGCCGCCACUUCCACUGCCUGAGGACUCUUCCCCAGAGCCAAGCGCCUGCCCCAGGGGCCCCAGGCUGGAGCCUCCCUGGCCCCAAGACCCAGCCCAGGUGCCACCCAUGCCCAGCCCCGGGCGCUCUAAGAUUUUCCUGCUGACUCCGGUCCGGACCAGCUCAGAAGGCCACCGCUCCGAGCUCCAGGAGACCCUGGGACUGCUGUCAGGGUCGGGCCUGCAGGAACGGACAGGGGGUCCAGGUGACCCCAGAACCCCACUCUGCCUGGCCCUGCCGGCAGUCCCCGCGGCUCCACAGGGGCGGCCAGAGGAGGAAGAGGACGACAGCGAAGACAGUGACGAGUCGGACGAGGAGCUCCGCUGCUACAGCAUCCAGGAGCCGAGCGAGGAGAGCGAGGAGGAGGCGCCGCCUGUGCCAGUGGUGGUGGCGGAGAGCCAGAGUGCGCGCAACCUGCGCAGCCUGCUCAAGAUGCCCAGCCUGCUGUCUGAGGCCUUCUGCGAGGACCUGGAGCGCAAGAAGAAAGCCGUGUCCUUCUUCGACAACGUCACCGUCUACCUCUUCGACCAGGAAAGCCCCACCCGGGAGCUCGGGGAGCCCUUCCCUGGCGCCAAGGAGUCGUCCCCCACGUUCCCGGUGGGCAGCCCGGGCUCCCCCAGCACCCCCGGCCGGCCUCGGUGGGCUGACCGCUCCCCCGACGGCCCGGCGGCCGAAGAGGGCGGAGGGUUCGAGUGGGACGAUGGCCUCCCGCCGACGCCGGCCCAGGAGCCUGCCCCGCGCGUCCCCGCUGCGCCCGCCAAGCCCAGCCCCUUCUCUCGCUUCACUGUCUCACCAGCGCCUGCAUCCCGCUUCUCCAUCACGCACGUCACCGACUCGGACUCCGGGUCCGUGGGAGGCACCAGGCUGGACACUGAGUACCCCCCACCCUGCUCUCUGACCUGCAGCAGCCUCUCCUGCCAGAACCUUCCCAGCCCCUGCUGGUCUGCCUCAUCCACCAGCCCCCCAUCUCAGAUCUAAUGGCUUGUCCAGAGAUGGUGGUGGUGGCUCAGGUGCCCACGUGGGGCCCUACUCAGGGGCCUUAGCUCACUCCUCCCUCCAAGCUCCACUCCUGUCAACCUCAGACCAGGUGGGCUCAUACCUGCCCAGUUGCCACCACCCCAUUCUGCUAGGCUUCCCUGAAAGCUCACUUCCACUAAGAUGCCCCUAGUUAUCUUGUCCCCCAGGCAGACCCAGCCCCUCCCUUGCGGCCCUUGGCAUGUGGCUGCAGCCUCUAGGGAAGGAUGUGCUGGUCUGUUUGUGUCACACAGUGUGUCCUUAAUGGAUAUCUGAACAAGCAGGCAGGUCACCAGGAGGCGAGUGUGUGACCCUGGUCCAGCCCAGUCCUGCUCGGGUCUGUUUUCCCACCUGUAAAAAGAGGACUCAGAGGGCUGACGUUGAGCUUUGUUGGGCCCGAUCCCUGGUGAUGUGGCGGGAAGGAUAAUCGUCUGGCUCCUACCUAGAUAGGCAGGCAGGCCUGCUGCAGCCCCAGCUGCUCAGUGGCCCGUAAGCCAGGGAUUGAGGCCAGGUGCAAGCCCUGGGCGAGGGGACUCUGGCUGUCCUUGGAGGGGAGGGUGCUCUCAGGAGUCCCUGUGGCCCCAGUGUCUCCCUAAACAUGUUUGCCAGGUCCUACAGCAGGUGCUGGGGGCAGCUGUAAAGAGGCCUGAGCCCCAGGCAGCCCCUGCUCGGAUCCCCUGCCGGUUCUCUUCCCGGCAGCAGCGAGGAUGGUGACCAAGAGUGGUGGGGACUUUCAUCCUGGCAGUGGUCAGCAGCAGCUUCCAAGCGCUUCAGUGCCCCAUGCAGCACCCUGGAGGAGCAGGGCAGGCGCUGGACAUAAGAGCAUCUGUGCACACCAGCCCUGUGCUGCCCUGGGGCAGGAUUUGUCCUGGACACUUGGGUUUGCUGCUAGGCCCUAGGGAUGCCCUACAGCCGCCGCCCUUCACCCUGAAGCUGCCCCCUCCCCCCGGCCCCCGCUGUCAAGACUGCUUGGCCUCUGAGGCCAGGGGCCCUCGCACGCCCUGCCCACAGGUUCCUGUGGUGUAUUACAGGCUGCUGUGUCCUCAGCCCAGGUGAGAGGGCAGGUACAGGCCUGCUAGGACGGCCUCUCCCUGCCCCCUUUGCCCCUUCUGCCGGUUCAGGGUUUGCUCAGUGCAAGAAGAGGACACCGGGCUCGUGUGUCCCUGCUCCAAGUCUGUGGCUGUUUCCCCUUCACUGAAUCAGUUAGACCGUAAGCUCUCCCUCCCCACAGGGUCUGGGCCGGCUCCUGCCUGGGUCCCACUGGAGCCCUGCGAGGGGACUGAGGUGGGCAGCCCGAAAGAUGGGGGGCUUUCAGGUUGCAGUCCUGCUGCUUCAGCCCCUGUCUAGAGGUGCCUGUGGCUCCCCUCUGCAAGGUAGGGCCCAGCCCGGCCCAGCUGCCAAAGGAAAGUGGCGGCUGCCCCCCACGGUCAGUGUCAGGGGGUUCCUACUGCAGGGCUGGAGACAGUGGGAAGGGGUGGAGCUGGGAGGGAGGGUGGGGCAGGGCAGCACAGGGGGUAUUUUUGUAACGCUGUUGUCAGAACAGAUGGAAGAGGGAUGCUUUUAAGUUAUUGUUGCCAAAGAGACAUAAAAUUUAUUGUUGCUUUUGGGGUGGGGGUGGGGACUUGUUUUGAAUUUGUUGUUUGUUUAUUUGAGGCUUAUGAUGCUGGUACAAUGAUCGUCUUGUUCCUUUCUUGUCUGUUUUUUAAGAGAAAUCAAAGCUAAGGAAAAAAGC